AUGAGCCACCUCAACGAAUCAACAAUAAUCAAUAACUCAAACCCAUUCAAUUACCCCAACCCCAUACCUCCACCUUCCACCGAUACAACUUAUCCUAAUCUUGCAUUGAUCGAAACCUACAUAUUCACUCAUGCCGCACAUAACGGAUUUGAGAUCUCCAUAGGUGACACACGCAAGAACCACAUGAAAUACAAAUGUAGUUUAGGGCCACACGGACACAAGACCAAGGCAUUGACCAAUCCAUCCACCGCUUCUCUGCCAUCUGCCGCCAAAACCUGCCCGUACAAGGUGUCUGCACGCCGUCCUCCAAACACUCACGAAUGGCGAGUCGAGAUCAUUCAUGGUACACAUGAUCAUCCUCCACAUUCGAAACCGCCAGUCGUCAGACAACCACCGAAGAGUCGUCAACAACCAGUUGAGGUUGAGGAAGAGGUUUCUAAAUCUGACAAACCUCAACAUCAACCCUCCCAUUCCUCUCAACCAUCAUCGCAACCGCAACUGACUCAUCCAUUGACUCAAUACGACGCUCUACUCAGCCGAAUGGAUCGUCUUCCUUCUGAUACCCGAGCCCGCCUCCUAAAACGAUUCCUACAUGAGUGUGAAGUCGUUCAAUAUGUGUUGUGCGAUUCAGGUACAUUGCUUGAAAACAAUCAUUCCACUAAACACCUCAAACCCAAAACAUCAAAACCAUCAAAACCAUCAAUCACUUCAAAAACUACAAAUCCAGAACAAACAAGUCAACAACCAAACCCAGAAUCAAAUCCCAACACGAACACCAAUUCACAUAACGAUUCAGAAGGCGAACCUUUGUCUAUUACACAGUCCAACAAUAUCAAUCCCAUCACUCAAUCCAUAUCUGGCAAUUCAAUUAUAAAUGAAUCGGUUUCAAACAAAUCGGACAUUGAUCAAGCAGGAACUUCCAGUAGUAUCUUGAAAUCAAACUCAGAAGACCAUACCACACGACCGACUGAAGAACAACCAGUCUUCCAGCCUACCAUUGAUCCCCCUGACACAGUUCAAUCUCCGCAUUCCACCCAGCAAGAUUUAAGUUUGCAGAUACAACAAACUCAAGUACUGCGAAAUCACAUGCAAAACGAGAAACAACUUAGCCCACUCUCACCACCCCAGCCAGCUCAACCCACUCUCAAAGUUGUCAAUAUUAAUGAAGAACUCCCAACCCGAACUCAUUCUCCUCCUCAAUCCGAUUGUUCCAGUACAUCACAUCAAGCAGAAGAACUUUUAAUCAUAACUUCACUCACUCCAAGAAAAAAGAAGCAAGAACCAGCUGUCAAUUCCGGAUCAAAGCAAGAAGUACAUCAAAGCAAAAUGCAAGAACGAUACCAUCUAAAUCCAGAUCCAUUUACCUCAGAAACAGCUUCAUCAAACGGCACGAAACAAGCACUGAUCUCAGAUAAAGAGCCCACAUCAAACACCAUAACUGACACAUCCAUCCUCCCGACUGAGGCUCUAGAAUUAGUAUUAAACCCGGAACUGACUACGGCCGAAAAUGAUCCAUCAAACAACAAACCACACAUUUCGAUCGACUCCAAGAGACAACUAGAUCCACCACAACUAGAUCCACCAUCUCAGGACAAUCAAAAUACGGUCCUUAGCCCCAUCAUUAAUACCAUCGAACCAAGGGUGAAAUCUCGCAAGCGUAAGUUCGAAUCCAAUGGCCCCCGACAACCAACAAGAGUGUUGGCACGGCGCAAAGCUGCCGAAACCCAAAAGGACAAAGCUCAACUUCAAAAGUUGCAUAUUGACGAAAGUUGCACCAACCCAGUCUCGGCAACACUCACUCCCGAAAUAACACCCUCAGCGACAGGACUGGUAACUGGAUCCUCUACGCUUAUUCUCGAUACUGCGCAAAAGAGCAGGCGUGUUCAAAAACCAAAUUUCCUCAAACAUAUGUCCCCAGAAGAAUUGAAAGAGGAAGAGGAAAUUCGGGCAACAGUCCUUCAGGUAGUCAAUUUAUGUCUAAGCUCAAAUUGUCACUAA